CUGCUGCUCAUGCUUGUCACUCGUUGAUAAUCAAGGAACUUGAGUCAAUCCUUUGUGCACAAACGCUCUCGACAAGAGCCCGCGAGCGUGAUAACAUAGCACACGCGCCGACACCACAAACACGAUACCGUGAGUCUGCAGACGUCGGUUGGGAAAGGUUCGGGAGGUAGGCACCGGAAGACAAGGGCGGCGGCAGCAGCAGGGAGGACCCGCGCGCGUCGCCGAGGAGAUCCGCAGAGUUUGGAAUACAAGGGCANCGGAGUAAGAACAUGUGGGAGAAGGACUGGACGGAGAUGGAAUAUGGGCAUCUAAGGGAGAAGAACGAUGCACCGGCAGGAGCAAUGGCUGCCGGAAGAACGACUGCCGGGGCAGCUGGUGGAGCUGGGCUCGGUACACAACGGGUGAGCAUAAAAACUGACGGAAAUCGUGCUUUGAGCGGCUACAGCAGCAGUCGCAACCCGCCCAAAAUCCCGACGAAUUCGACGAAGGCCGUGAGCUGGCUUCGGAGAAUGCGGAAUUUCCUGGCUGUCGAGGAUUUGGAGCGAACCCUUGACCACAUGCCAUCUACUGGUUAUGUCAACGUUAUCAGUUGUCUGGAUCGCACAUACCUGAACCAGACUCACGGUGCACAUCUGGUGGCAGCUCACCAGCGGGCGUGGGGGUACAUGUUGGAAGCAACCUGCGGCACGGACAUUGAAGAACGGUUGGGUGCUUGCGACUGCGUCCCUGAGGCGUGGAGCGUGAUCCACGAAUGGCUGUUGCCUACUCUUGACGCUGAGAAGACGUUGCUUGUGAGGCGACUUGAGACGAUUGAGAUGCAUCCCGGCGAGGACCCGAAACUCUUCUUCGCCAGAGUAGACGGAGUGAUCAACAUCAUGAAAGCUGUCGGCAUCGAAAAAUCUGAGCGGGCUAUCGUGCACAUCAUUGUCCGCCAGCUUGCGCACGAGUACGAUAUCGAACGCAAGUCCAUCCUGGCCGACCCCACCAUUUCCCGAGCGAAGGUGGAAAACGUUGUUCGCGCGGCAUACGCCAACAAGGUCAUGAUGAAGGAAUUGGGCAAAGCGCAGGCGGCACCGGCGGCAGCGGUGACGGUUGGUGGGCUUGGGUCCGGUCAUGGUGGCCACGGUCAGGGGGGACUACAACGGCGGUGGCGGCAACAGCGGGAGCAGCAGCAGUGGCACGUGCCCGUCGGUGACGGAGAGGGUCUCAACGCGAAUGGCAACGACGCUAUGCCGCACCAGCAGCGGAAGCGACGACGCUGGAGGAGGCAAAGGCAUCGACAGGAGGCGCUGCUCCCCGUGUUUGCAGCUGGCGCGGUGGCAUGGGGAACAGUACCUGCGGCAGGAGCGGCGACCGUUGAUGGUGGUUUCCCCACUAUGGUGGCGGGGGGAACGGUCGGGGGGCAGGCGCUCGCGGCGGGAGCAGCGGCAUCGACGGCAGCACCGGCGGCGAGAGCGGCGACCCCCGGCAGCAGAAUCUUCCCCGCGGCGGCGGCAGGGGAGACGGCCGGGGCGCAGGCACUCGCGGCGGGAGCAACGGCAUGGACGGCAGCACCGGCGGCGAGAGCGGCGACCGCCGGCAGCAGAGUCUUGCCCGCGGCGGCGGUGUGGGAGCCGGUUGGGACGCAGGCAAUUGCGGCUAAAGCGUCAGCAGCGCAAGAGCCAGAGGACAAGUGCGAUGAGGAUAGCUGUUGGUUGAGCCAUGGCGACGAAGGUGGCAACAGCAGCGACGGCAGCGGUGACGGCGGCAUCGGGGCGUUGUCCGCCGGUGCAAGGCAUCCCGGCGCCCAUCCGACCGUGAGCAAUGGCAUCUACGUCGUGCGGGACGAUGGGGGGUAAUGCCAGGAAGGGAGGAUCGAUCGUGGCAGAAGUGUGCGGCAUGAAGUGAGAGACUUGGUGAUCGGGAUCUCCAG